GACAGACAGAAAGACAGACAGACAGACAGACAGACAGACAGACAGACUCUCUGAGAGCUCAGCUCCGCCAUUCCACCUUAAAUCCGGAGCCUGUAGCGCGCGCACUGUUUCCGGUCCACCUUAAGCGCUAACGCAGGCGUACAGCGGGGCUUCCGCUUCGUCCUCGGCCGGGGUUUGAGAGCGGAGCUGCUGGGGAGCGGAGCUGAGCGGAGGAGCGCUUCUUUUCCCUCUGCUUCUCUUUUUUUACCUAUUUUUUUUUUCACCGUCGCUUCAUCUGGAGACGAGCGGAGCAGCGACCAGGCCACGAAUCCUACCGGAAAACCCCCCACUACUGCCGUCACCAGCACCGCUGCUGCAGUCGCGUGCGUCGAGAAAACAACAAAACAAAACCAAACAAACAAAUAAAACAAAAAUCAAACAACCUUUUUUUUUUUUUUUUUUUUUUUUUUUUUGCAGCGAUGUCCGAACCGCGGUACCGAGAGUGGAUCCUGGAGACUAUCGACUCUCUGCGCUCGAGAAAAGCGCGACCGGACCUCGAGCGGAUCUGCCGGAUGGUGCGCAGGAGGCAUGGUUCCGAUCCAGACCGCACGCGGGCCGAGCUCGAGAAGCUCAUCCAGGAGCAAACUGUGCUGAAAGUUAACUACAAGGGCUCCGUGUCGUACCGGAACGCCGCCAAAGUGCAGCGGAAAUGCCGGCGGAAGGUCGAGCCGGGGGCCGGGAGCACCAGGCGCGACGAUGCCGCCUCCGACGACGACAAAAUCAGCAGCAGCAGCGCGCGCGGUCCCGCGGAGCGCGAGGAACCCUCGGGCAGCAGCAGCAGCUGCUCUGAUAAAGAGAAACGGGAAGAAGAAGAAGAAGAAGAGGAAGAAGAAGAAGCAGCAGGAGAAGACGCGGUGUCUGAGGGAAUCAGCAGUUUCACGAGUUGCGACGGGAGGAAAAACAGCUCGGGUGACACGACCAGUCCCGCCACCGCUGGACGGGUCGAAGGAGGAGGAGGAGGAGGUGGUGGUGGUGGAGGUGGAGAAGAGACGCACUCUGCUGUCGGCCACGCGAGCAUCGACCUGCACGAGCCCGACCCCCAGCCGGACCGGCGAACUUGCACGAGCGCUCGAAACAACAAGCAGCACGCGCCCCGACUCGGGGUCGCGCAGCCCGCGGUCGGGGCGGUGGAGGAUCUGGGUGAUCGGCUCGUCGCGGCCGUGCGAAGCCUGAGCGAGCGGAACGGCCGGGCUCACGCGCCGCUCGGGCUUAAAGAGAUCCUGGGAUUCCUCGGCACGCAGGCCGCGCACGCGACGAACGGCGAGAAGCUGACCCGUCACCGCGUCAAAGUGGUGCUCGAGAGAGAGAUCGAGAAAGGACGCCUGCGCCGGACGCGCCUCGGACACAUCGCUGUACCCGCGAGGAGAUCCGGGGGCAGCGCCGGGGGCAGCGCCGGGGCGAGUACCGGGGCGGACCAGGCGUCCGAGCGACUCCCGGUGAGCACAGACCGCGCACCGCAGGACGGGCGCGUCUCAAAGCAGGAAAAAUUAAAAGAGGAAGAGCCCAUGGAGGUGGAAAGCGUGCAGGAUGGCAGCGUGGGUGAAGAAGCCGAGCCUCCAACGCAACUUGAGCCCCAAAGCGUCAAACCUGAAGGAGAAUCGGAUGCCAAAGUUCAGCCACAGUCUCCAGCCGGUGCAGAGAUCAAAGAGUGUGAGGUCCCUCACACACCAGCCAUCAUGGAGGAGGAACCCCAGCCUUCACCACACUCAUCACCAUCCAAACUCAGCUCUCUUCAUCAGGAAGCUGAACAGUGUGCCAGUGAAGUUGAAAUGGUGAUAGAGGCAGAGUCCAUACACACAGAAAGUUUAACACAAGCCCAAGGAGAAGCCAUACCUGACCAAAUACACACACUCGCACAGAAUGAAACGGUUGUCGUCUGUGGCAGUGUCACGAUUCCGCCUGCUAUUCCCAUCAAAAACUAUUCAGUUUUCAAGGCUGAGGUGGGCGUGUCCUCCUGCCUGCUGACUCCAUCUGCCUCUCCAGGAGCAGCCGAGGAACGAGGGAUGAACGGAGGAGUUUUUGUGAAGACGGAAUCCAGCAUCACAAACCCAGUGGACUGGACGGUAGCCGACGUCGCCAGUUAUUUCACGGCAGCGGGAUUUCCCGAGCAGGCUCUCGCCUUCAGGAUGCAGGAAAUCGACGGGAAAUCGCUACUCCUGAUGCAGCGCAACGACGUCCUGACUGGUCUGUCGAUUAGAUUAGGCCCCGCCCUCAAGAUCUACGAGCGCCAUGUGAAAGUUCUGCAGAGGACCCACUUCCAGGACGACGAGGCUUUCUGCUGAGAUGCACACUCUCUGCUCUAUGGCGUAAUCACUCUCUCGCACACCACCCAGCUUCCUGCAGAGACCCACAAGCAGCUCACAUACACACUCUGCUGCACUCCAUACUGGACUUCGCCUUCCCUGUACACAGUGGAACAUUCCAGAUAUUUGUCUUAAAGAUACUAGCGCACACUUGCACAAUGUUACUUUCCUCUUUCCGUUCCCAUGAGGAGAAGGAGCGAAGCGUGGAAACACCACCGAGGCAUUUCUGCGUACUUCAGAGAGGCAAAAAAAACGUGAAAAUGUGUCUUUUCAUUCCGUCAUUUCAUUUGAUGAUGUGGUUCCUCGGCUCCUGAACUUUGACCCAGGAUCAAAUUCAACAGUCGAUGCUGCAGUCACGUUUGCUGUCCAUUAGGUGGCGGCAGACGGAAGGGGGAAAAAAACAACAACCCAAAAUCGGCUUUAUGUUUUGUGGUGCAUUUGAGGACCUCAUCGUGAUCUAACAUUAGACUGCAAGUGAUGGAUUUCACACCAACUUUUGGACAUGCUCGGUCGACCGAACAGCAUUUUUUUCCCUUUUUGACAAAGAGCUUGCUGCGUUCUUUCCGAAUGUUUUGCUGAGUCACAAUUUUCGACCUACAUACAGUAUCUGCACCACUGCAUUCCAGUCUUCCCUGUUCUUUUGGCCUAUGUGCUGUGUGCAGAGACUCUAGAACAGAUUCUAGAACCUCUCGUUUUCAAGUUCUAGAAUUGUGUGCUUUAAAAGAAAAGUAACAUUAUCAGAGUCAACCAGAAUUCCUGAAGGCCAUCAGAAAGUUCAGGGUUCCUGAUCAGAAUAUGGAUAUGAACGUUCUAGAUUGUGGAUUCUACCUGAGAACUUGAUGGACUAAAUUUUUUUUGUUCAAAUGCUGAGCACAUUUGAAGUGUACAAAGUAUGGACAAAAGUUUUAGCAGGCUCCAGUUCCUGUUCUUGGAGGAGUUCAGUGGGUUUGAGAAGGUCACGUUCUCUGUGUAAGACACUCGAGUUCUUCCACUCCAACCGUAACACCAACUAUUAUGUCUUCAUGGAGUUCGCUUUGUGUACAUUGUGGGAAUUUGAGUUGAAAGCGAACAGUAAUGUUACAACCUACACAAACGUCUGUGAAGUCAUAUAUAAAAUUGUGAGACAUUUUUGUGGGAAAAACACACAGGGUAGGACAGUCGGGGGUGCACAUACUUUUGGUUAUAAAGUGUAGCUUGUAUAAUGGAACUGCCUUUUUAAAAUGCUAAGCAGCAAGCAGCUAUAAUGCUUGGCCUGCUAUACAUUUCCGUUUAUAGCCAGCACAUAGACUAGAAAUCAUCACCGCAGACUUGUUGUGAUUUGUACAUACAUGUAAAUGUGACAUGAAUUCCACCAGUUUGAGCAAUGAAAUGAAUGAACCCCUCUCACCAGCAAACCCAUCCCCCAGAAAUGGUGGCUCCGUUCAGGAAGGCAUUUUAUAGUCGCCAAUCUGCAAUGAUCUCAAGAUGUUCUACAACCCAACCAACCGGAUUUGUGGGUAAGCAAGCUAACUCCAUAUUAAUACCCGAAUGAACGUGGCGUCCUUUUCCAUUUUCCAGGGUUUGACAAAAGCUCGUAUUUUUUAUUAUGAGCUACACAUCAUCCUUUUGCGAUGGAUACAAAAAAAUAACAACUGCAACUUUUCUGUAGUCGUCUACUCGGAGUCAACAGCAGUUUCGGGCCUGGAUCACACAGUGGUGUUGAUGCUCUGACACACUCUUGAUUGACCAUUAGUAGUGUUUAGAGUGGACAGCGCUGGGUCAGACACGGACACGCAUAUUUCUUUUUCUCAGUUUCGCUGACAGGCUGAUAAUCCGUUUUUGGGAGCAUUUUUGGAAAAUCCCGUGGCGAAUUGUUACAUUUUAUUGAUUCAUAAACAUCUUCCUUCUCUACCUAAAACUGUAAAAUGAGUAAAUAACAAAAAAUACUAUUAAUAAUAAUAAUUAUAAUAAUAAUAAUAAUAAUAAUAAUAAUAAUAAUACUGUUGUUAGUAUUGUACUUGAACUGGUUUACCAUCGAGCGCCAUACGACACAGUAGUUUGGACUUCGCUGUCCCACGUUGAUGUUACAGUGUUAUUAGUUGCAAAUGAGCGUGUUCCAAGUGGCUUAUGAAGUGCUGUGUAAAUAAAAUGUCCAUGAAGAAAUGCAAUAAUAUCCUCAAGGGUUCAAGAUCUCAGAUGGAAGGUGGACAGUAUGGCAAAUGUGAUAAUAUAACAAGCGAAGGCUUUCUCACGUAUCUCGUGUGUGUGUCUGUGUGUGCGUGUCUAUAUAGGGCACGUUUCCUCUUUUUGAGGAUUCCCACAGAAAAGCAGACGGAUAUUAUUGCUAAGCAAAAAUACAGGUUUUUCCCAUUACACUAAUGAUCGAUUAGGAGGGGAAAGUAAUUUGUUUGAAUCACGUUAGCCAAACUUGCUAUAGAGACGUUAAAGUUAGCAAAAGUAACGACCAAGCCGGCUAAUAUUAGCACAGUGCUACAUAUAGAGAGCAUGAAAAUGACUGCAUUAUGUAAUCAAGACUGGUAUUUCAUGCUAAGCAUUAGGCUAAACCCAAAGCGGAAAAAAACGCUUGGUGAGCCUUCACGAUAGGCUGAUUAAUUGACAAUAAAUCGCAAUAACAAUACCAUGUUGUCAUAUCGUCCACUUCAAACUCCAUCUGACAUGAGGGUAAAAAGGUCAAAAUUCAACCAUCUUAGUUUUUCUGGUGUGUUUUUCUUUUUUUCUUUUUAAGAGGCCCUGAUCGCUGUGUGCAAGUGUUUUUACAACAGUAAUUGUUAUUUAUUACUUUUUUAUAACGCUUUCUUUCACGUAACCUUGUUUAUAUAUCACAAUGCUUAUAGUCUUCAACACGCCCUCUAUGUGUAUGUGUGCACCAUAUAUAAGGUCCAAUGUUUCACUAUUUGACGAUCCUUGAAUCUUUGGCGCGUUUUUAUAAACAGCGGAAACAACACGAUGCGACGCGUAGGGGGAAAGUCUUUAUUAAAGAGACCGAAGCGAACACUGUGUGUUAGGAGCGUACUUUUUGAUACUGUCUAAACGAACUGUAAAAACACCAUAAUUUAAGUAACAAAGUGGUGGAUAUUCAAGUAGAUUUCAGGUUGCAAAUCGGACUUCAAUAAACAUAAUCUGAGGAAAAUAAUAAUUCAAUAUAUAAAUACACGUUUCGUUAACAGUAAAGGGACAUUGUAAGACUUGAUCUCCAGAACCGCAGAUCAGAUUUUGGCUGUUCAGGAUUAUUUCAGAGAAUACAGUGCAUUCUAUUUGUUUUGUUGUCUUGAGGAAACGGAUUAGAUCAUAUGUAGAUCUUUAGACAUAUAAGGCUGAAAAUAUCGAAUACAGCAGGUUUUAGGCACCUUAUUCCAAAGCAAGGUGACUGCUGUGCAAAUUUCUUUUUAGAAAUGCAGAUUGUGCUCUUUAUAAUUCCUUAUAAAAAGCCUAAUUCUGUUCAAGUUAUUAUCUGAAUUCUCAAUAUGAAGUGAUGAUCUGGGACUUGAUGGGACAAAUAAUACUAUUCUUUUUUUAAUUAUACCAACAAUUAUUACUGAUAAUAAUAUAAAUAUUAAGCAGAAUUUAAAUGGUCUCACUAAACAUUUUUGAUGUAAAUACAGAUUUUCUUUUACGUAUUACACACACACACACACACACACACACACACACACACACACACACACACACAC